CCCAACCCCACCACUGUGAUACUUCUCUCCAACUCCCUCUCAAUAUUCAGAGAGAGAGAGAGACGAGGCAAGAGAGAGAAAGGCAGCGGGAAUUGGCGGCCACUCAUCCAAAAGCACUAAUUGACCAAAACAAAGAAAAAUCGCCGUCACUCUCCACCGGAAUCAUAGCAAUGUCAUCUCUACAUCUAACGGUAGAGAGAGAAAGUGAAAGCUAGGUUUCAACGUUACUUUGUUAUUCUGUUUAUUGGUAUAUAUCGCUUUUUAUAAAAGCUAUUCGCUGUUAGAUUGAUCAUACCGUCUUUCUGAGGUGUUAGAGAUAGAGGAGGUGUGUGUGUGUGUGUGAAUGUGUAGAGAGAGAAGCUAGGGUUUUGAAUUUGUAUAGUGGGGCUAUGGAUGAGGCUGUGCUUGAUGAUAUUAUACAGCGGCUUCUUGACGCGAAGAACGGUCGGGUGCAGAAGCAGGUGAAUCUCACAGAGGCCGAGAUUCGACAGCUUUGUAUGGCUUCAAAGGAGAUUUUUCUCAGCCAACCUAAUCUUCUUGAGCUCGAAGCUCCUAUCAAGAUUUGUGGUAUUCAGAUGCGAUAUCAGCUGCAUGGAUGUGAUCUUUGUCAGAAGUUGGCUGCAUGAGAAUGCUGCCUAUUGGAGCCCCGCGAGCUGCUGAAUGCAUUAGCAAUGUUGAUGAAAUCUGACCUUUACUCAAUAUAUCAUGGCUAUGUUCUGCUGCUUUUGAUUUGGUACAUAUUAAGUGGUUUGGAAGUUUAGUUUAACUGCCACAAGUUUGGAUGCUUUGUAUUGGUGGACAGGUAACUCAAAUUGUUCUUAAAGAGGCAAUUUUGAAAGAGGGUUCCUUAGUUGAUGGCAAUUGAUUUCUUCUUGAUCUAUUGUGAUUGUUAACAGCACAAGAGUUUGCUUGCCAGCAUAAUUAAACUUUGCUAAUAUGUUUCUGUGGUAUUGGCAUGAUCCCAACUAGCUCUGUUCCAGAGGGUUUAGUUUUUGUUUGACAACUGGUUUUCCAAUGGUAGCGAGCUUGAACAACACCCAAAUUCUAUACUCACAUACAUGCAUGGAAGAUUCCCUUGGAUUAUGGAGUUUCGUUUGGCUUCUUUAGGCUUGUGAAUGAACCAGUUGACAAGGCUGUAGCCACAAUCAACAAAGCUGAGCAUCCAUUAUUUCUGGUUGAGAGAACUUCUGGACGGGCAGCUUUGUAUGUUCGACAGCCAAGUUGUUACCACCUAUUGUAUGUGCACUUGCGUGAUGUGUGUGUGGUUUGCCUUUUAUUUUUGUCAUUCAAUAUUCUGGUUACUUCAGGUUCAUAUGACACAGUGGAGUUGGAUAUUUAUACGUGUUGAUUUUUGGAUUUAAUCUUUCUUUUGGAUUCUUUCCAUGCUAAUUUCAUAUCAUUACAGAUUUGUUUAUAAAACUGCCUUUCCCAGCUGAAUCAACUGUGCUUGCUUUCUUGCAAGCACUGUAUGCAUGGCUUACUCUGUUGCUGUCACCUAUCACAACUCUUGUUUUACAUGUAAUUCCAUCUCGUUGAACCAAUCAAUUUAUUAUCAUUUUUGUUGCUGUGCAGGAGAUAUUCAUGGUCAGUAUUCUGAUCUUCUGCGCUUGUUUGAGUAUGGUGGAUAUCCACCAGAUGCAAAUUAUUUGUUUUUGGGGGACUAUGUUGACCGUGGUAAGCAGAGCAUAGAAACAAUAUGCCUUCUGUUGGCAUAUAAGAUAAAAUACAAGGAGAACUUUUUUCUUCUGAGGGGCAACCAUGAAUGUGCUUCUAUCAACCGUAUCUAUGGGUUUUUUGAUGAGUGCAAGAGGAGGUACAAUGUUCGUGUUUGGAAGACAUUCACAGAUUGUUUUAAUUGCCUACCUGUUGCUGCUCUUAUUGAUGAGAAGAUCCUUUGCAUGCACGGGGGAUUGUCCCCUGACUUGAAAAACUUGGAUCAGAUCAGGAAUAUAGCUCGUCCAGUUGAUGUGCCAGAUCAGGGUCUUCUCUGUGACCUGCUAUGGGCUGAUCCUGAUAAAGAUACUGAAGGAUGGGGAGAGAAUGACAGGGGUGUGUCAUGGACGUUUGGAGCCGACAAGGUCGCUGAAUUCCUCCAGAGGCAUGACCUUGAUCUCAUCUGCCGAGCUCACCAGGUUGUGGAAGAUGGGUAUGAAUUCUUUGCAAAGCGGCAGCUGGUCACCAUAUUCUCAGCUCCAAAUUACUGUGGAGAGUUUGAUAAUGCCGGUGCGAUGAUGAGUGUGGAUGAUACAUUGACAUGCUCCUUUCAAAUUCUAAAGGCAUCGGAGAAAAAAGGGAAGAUGGGAUUUGGCAGCAACAUGUUGAGACCAGGAACACCACCUCAUAAGGGUGCAAAGGGUUGAAUUAUCUGCACCAGGGAUGAUACUAUGAGCAGAGGAGAAUUGCAGAUGGACUUCGUGUCUGAACUGCUGUCUGUUGAAUCAUUUUGCAUCUUGGGAAUUUGUUAGCACCAAGCAAUGAAGUUUUAAAUCUAUCUUCUUUGGCCCCAAAUGGGUAUGUGAGGGUUAACUUACUGCAAUGCUCAUAACACACGAGCUGGAGUUGUGUGUUAUCCGUGCAAUGCAGGUUUUUAAUUGUGUAAAAUGGAAAUGAACUUUACAUUGUACUGAAUUAUCGAUGUGCGCUGUUUUUUCUUAUGGCAAAUACUUAAUUCUGUUUGCAUCACCGGGGCGGAGUUCUUCAGUGCUAA